GAGGAGGAGAGGAGGAGGAGGAGGAGACACGUUCACCGCUACACUCAGCCCGUCUUCACAGACAAGGUGUCGGUCCAUCCAUGGCCUUCUGUAGGUGACCUCCAGGUGACCUCAGUCACUCCUGACUGCAGCUUUAAUCGCUGCCCCACCUGAAAACACGGCAAUUACUACGCUGACGAAGAAGAACGACGUCCUUUUUGGCCUGCAAAGGCCACCGUAGUUGCCCAAAACACUUGGGGAAAGGGAGGAAUGAGAGGAAGCUGGAGACGUAGAGGAGAUGAGAUCUGGACCUGGACCUGGACCUGGACCUGGAUGAGGACCUGGAGGUGUUAAACACAGCAUUCACAGCUAACGGAGGAGGAAAAAAGAAAGGAAGCCGGAAAGAAAAAGGGGUGACAGAGACAGAGGAAGAGAGAGAGAGAGAGAGAGAAGAGAAUGGGUGAGAGCUACAUGUACCAGCGACUCCCCUUUGGCAGAGGAGAGGAGGAGGCGGAGGAGGAGGAGCAAGACGAAGACGAGAGAGACAGGAGUAUCAGGGACAGUGUCGGGAGGCAAAUGAUGCAGUGUGAGGAGGGGACAGAGUGGCUGCUGGAGCUGCUGACGGACGUUCAGCUGCAGCAGUACUUCCUGAGAAUCCGCGACGAGCUCAACGUCACAAGACUCUCUCACUUCGACUAUGUCAAGAAUGAGGACUUGGAGAAAAUCGGCAUGGGGCGACCAGGCCAGAGGAGACUGUGGGAGGCGGUCAAGAAGAGGAGAGCACUCUAUAAACGCAAGUCCUGGAUGAGCAAGGUGUUUCCGGUGAAACGCUCCGACGCUGACCCACAGCAGUCCCUCCCACAGACGGCAGCGGUGGCGGCAUCAUCUGGCCAGGCGGCGGCCAGCAGCGAAUCGGCAGCGUCCCUCACUUGCCUGAUCAGAGAGGCGGAGCUGCAGCUGUUUGAGCGGCUUGGGGACGGAACGUUCGGAGUGGUGCGGAGAGGAGAGUGGACCGGUCCUAACGGCAGAGUGUUGUCGGUGGCAGUGAAGUGUCUAAAAGCAGGCGUGUUGGACUCGGAGGGUCUGGAUGAUUUCAUCCGAGAGGUGAAUGCCAUGCACUCGCUGAAUCACCAGAACCUCAUCCGGCUGUACGGCGUCGUCCUCACGCAGCCGAUGAAGAUGGUAGCAGAGUUGGCUCCUCUGGGCUCGCUGUUGGAUCGUCUCAGAAAGCGCCAGGGCCACAUCCUCAUCUCGUCUCUCUGUAACUACGCCGUACAGGUGGCGUGUGGCAUGGCUUACCUGGAGCAGAAGCGGUUCCUCCACAGAGACUUGGCCGCUCGCAACGUCCUGCUCUCCACCAACGACACGGUCAAGAUCGGAGACUUUGGCCUGAUGAGGGCGCUGCCGGUGCACACUGACCUGUACAUCAUGGAGGAGGGUCACAAAAUCCCCUUCCCUUGGUGCGCUCCAGAGUCUCUGAAGUCCCGCACAUUCUCCCACGCGUCUGAUACCUGGAUGUUCGGGGUCACACUGUGGGAGAUGUUCACACAUGGACAGGAGCCGUGGCUGGGCCUCAACGGCAGCCAGAUCCUCCACAAGGUUGACGUGGAGGCUGAGAGGUUGUGCAAACCAGAGGACUGUCCUCAGGACGUCUACAACGUCAUGCUGCAGUGCUGGAGCCCCAAACCCGACGACAGGCCGACCUUCAUCGCCCUCAGAGACUUCCUCCUCGAGACGGUGCCCACGGACAUGAGAGCGCUGCAGGACUUUGAGGAGGACGACAAGCUGCCCAUUAAGAUGAACGACGUCAUCACCAUCAUCGAGGGAAGGGCCGAGCAUUACUGGUGGCGAGGUCAGAACAGGCGGACGCUGCGUGUCGGUCAGUUUCCCCGUCACGUGGUGACGGCGGUCGCCGGCCUGUCCGCCCAGGACAUCAGCCGACCGCUUAAACACUCCUUCAUCCACACGGGACACGGGGACACGGAUCCUCACCGGAGCUGGGGGUUUGCAGAUCGCAUAGACAGUCUGUAUUUGGGGAACCCCAUGGAUCCACCCGACGUCCUCGGGAUGGAGGCCGGCAACGCGAGACCGACCAAACUCCCCAACCGUGCCAAGAAGCAACCUCCACCUCGUCCACCUCAGCCUGCCGUGCUGCUGAAGAAACCGUUCUACGACUCUGUGAUGGACGAUUACGACGACGUCGAGGACGCCACCGCCGCCUCCUCCUCCUCGGGCCUGAAGAGGCUGGGAGUGUCCCUAGGUCUUAAGCUCCGCCCGUGGGAGGGGCCCGGCGUGCGCUCAGCCAGGAGUGAGGUGUCGCUCAUCGACUUCACCGACGACAGCUUCAGCUCGACCACGCCGUCGCCACUAACCGAGACGCAGCAGCCGGAUGAGGACACACUGAAGGACACGCCCUCCAUCUUGGACUGGCCCCUCCCUCAGCCGGCUUACGACGAGGUUGCCGUGGAGCUCGACGACCAGUCAGAGGACCAGGAGGUGAAGUCCAUCAACAGGGGGCUGAGCGAGGAGACUGCAGCCGCGCCGGGGGUUCCUCUCACGGGCAGGAACGAGUCGCAGUCGGCCGACCUCUUCCAAGAACUGCAGAGAGAGGUGAUGGUGAAACUGCAGGUUCCCAUGGCGACCGGCCGCUCGCUGCCCUCCUCCCCGCUGCCUAUAGCUCUGGCCCCUGUGAGCCCCCACAGACAGAUCUACCUACCUCCCCCCUCCCCCUCCCCGUCGUCCACCUCCACAUCUAACUCCUUCUUCCAGGAGCGGCCGGUGCUGCCCCCUCGUAGCCCCGCCCCCCCGCUGCGCCCCUCCAAACACAACCUCUCCGCCCGUGCCAGCCAGCCGCACGCUCGCUCCAGCUCCAUCUCCCUGGGCGACGAGGAGAACACGCCCCCUCAGAUUCCACCGAGGGACCACGCCUUCUCUCAGCCGGGCUCCCGCUCUUCCUCUCCCCUCCCACUGGUGGUACCACCCCCCUCCUCCUCACCUGUGGUCCUCCCACCCCCUCCCCUCUCUGUCUCACCACGCCGGGCAUCAGGACUGCUGGGCCCCCUCCUGACCUCUUCUUCUCCGCCUUCACGCCUUGCACCGCCAGGCUCCUCCUACUGCUCCGGCUCCUUACUCGAGCCGCUCUCCUUUCGUGAGGGGCGUGGCAUGACGACGUUAAUUGACAGCUCCCAGAGCUCUCCCCCCGCCCCUCUGCCGGAGAGACCAGCGUUUCUGGAGCGAUACGGAGCGGCCAACAUGGCAGCGGUCAAACCCAUAAUGCAGCAGCAGCAGCAGCCAGGGGGCGCCAAACCAAAUUCCUCUUACAACAACAACAACGGGCGAACUGCAACAGUUCCCAGCAUGCAACAGGAGCACAGCAUCACACAGGUACAAGGAGCAGUACAUGGCGUCACACUAGAGGAGUGUAAACAUGCUCUGCAGACUCACACCUGGAAGAUUCCUCAGGCCAUAAACCAUUUGAAGGUGGAGCAGUUGUUCCGUUUGGGGCUGAGGUCCAGAAUCGAGUGUGAGGAGCUGCUGCAGCGCUGCCACUGGAACCUGGAACAGUCCAGCACCGUCAUGCUGGAUACAUACGGACCCCAUCAGAACAGGAAAUGAUGUCUCCCUCAUGGACACACACUGAAGAGCAAAUUGACGAACAAAUCAACGCACUUAAAGCUAAACUACUGGAACAACUCAUCACUUCAAAGACAAAUCGCAUAAUAGUGAUGCUUUUUUUCCCCCUAAACGGAGAAAUUGUGCCUCACAAAAAAAAAAACAUCGUACUGUGAAUAACCUGCUACUACCUGCGCCACACACACAUACACAUACACAUGCAUGCUAACAGUGCAGCUUGUUGAACAAGUCCAAAUAUUUACUUGAAAUGUCGCUAUUUAUGUUUUUCGUAACAAUUAUCUGACAUAUGUUGUGAGGAUUUUGGGGGUGUUUUUUUGUCUGCUAAUGGCUAACUGCUUACUGCUAAAUCUUAGCAGAUAAUGCUAAUUUAUGUUUACGUAAAAAAACACUGUAAAUGUCCAUGCCUUUUGCGCUAGCAAUGACGAAACAUAAAAUCAGGGACAGCGAACAAUGAAAAUGUACAGAUAAGACGCUGUAUUGUAUAUCGCACUUUACCGAGUGAGUCGACACGCGGAUACAUUUGCAAACUGCUGGUCAGAAGAGGAUUUAGCUAAUUGUAAAGCUAGUGCUGGGUAUUGAUUAAGACACGAUACGAUAACGAUAACGAUACGUUAUCGAUAUCUUGACUUUCAAUACAGAUUCCUUAACGAUACGUUUCCCUGAUACCAAAUUUACUAAAUGGGGGGUACUGGUUCCUGGAGUCUGGUUCGCAUGGCCAGCAGUUCCCAACCCAGACCUGUUCCCGGUAAGGGUUGGACUCUGCCAGGGCUGCCCUUUGUCCACGAUUCUGUUCAUAUCUUAUAUGAAUAUAUUUUAUGGAAUUGGUCCUGGAAAGUCCUUGAAUUUGAGGUAAUCGGUCUGAGAUAGUCCAUAACUACAUUUAAGUUCCCAAAGUUAAAUUUUAAUUUCUCCUAAAUAUCUGUUAACUGCGUUGGAAAGUUUCCAAAUUAGAAAAUUCCUGGAACCAAAGAAAAUUACAAAUACUGACUUUAACCAAGAUCCCAAGGAUGAGAAGUUGUCCACAUGCAGAGCGUAAUCAAUAAAAGUGGACGCCAUGGAUGAAGACAAGCUCUUACAACUUGCCCUCCUCAUCUUAAUCUGUGUAAGCACAUUCAGUCCUUGAAUUUGAGGGAACUGGUCCUGGAUAGUUCUUGAAAAUCCUUGAAUAUGGUGUCAACCAAGGUGUGGAAACCCUGACGGUCACAAAAGCAUUGAAGUCCAAUAGUCAGCUCUAGCGAUGAAUCCAAAUAGUAUUUUUAAGGUUAUCAUUUGUGUCUUUUAAUGGACGUUGUGAUCCUCGUCACAAAAAAAGAUCUUGUCAUAAAUAAGACAUUGAGCGUCUCCUCAUAAAUACAGGGUAUUUAUUAGAUAUUACAGUAUGUGACUGCUGUUAAAUCAUCUCCCGCCAUGUAAAUUGCUGCCGUUAAUCAUAUAGUCACGCGCGAAGCGUCGUUAGCUCAGAUAAGUUGACUCCUGCUAUGUUUGUGAGCUUCUCGCUGCCGUUUUCAAAAAUCAGCAACUUCAUCUAAAGACUCUGGAAAAUAAUCAGCAGCUAAAAGAAAGAAGAAAAGAAAAUGUCCAUGUGUUGCAGCUAUUUUGGCUUUUAUGAAGCCGCAGAUCUCUUUUUCUUCUCUUUUACGCGACAUUAAUUUAAUUAUAUUGUAUAGUUAGAGCAGCUUUUUAUGGAAGAUUAUUAGUGCCACAUGUAAAGAAGAUUCUUUAAUCUCAGAAUUUUUACUUUUACUUUCAUCUCAGAAUUCUGACUUUUACUUUCAUCUCAGAAUUUUUUUAUUUGAUAAUUUUGACUCUCAAAAUACUGACCUUUAAUUUAAUCUCAGAAUUAUGACUUUUACUUUAAUCUCAGAAUUCUAACUUUGACUCUAUUCUCAGAAUUUAGAUUGUUACUUUGAUCUUAGAGUUUUGACUUUUAUGUUAAUCUCAGAAUUCUGUAUUUUACUUUAAUCUCAGAAUUCUGACUUUUUCUUUAAUCUUAGAAUUCUUUAAUCUCAGAAUUCAUGCUGUUUUCUUUUAGAGAAUCUUUUCACAUGUGGCACUAAUAAUCUUCUGGAUAGCUUCUAAACGUGUCCUGUUUUAAAAUCUGUUUUUUUUAUAUAUAAAGAUAUUUGAGUCUCUGUUUAUUUAUGUCAUAAAUGUUUUUUGAACAAAUGUUAAAAUCAUCUCUUAUGCAAAAUUGAUCAUUUGCACAGAAUAACAGAUUGUGAUGUUUAUGUUUGUUUGUUUUCAACAUUCCAAGAGAAAUGCAACUUGUUGGAAGCGGAGUGUUUGAAGAUAAAACAGUCAAAUAAAGUCAAAAUUUAAAAAAUAAUAAUUACAAAA